UGUAACAAUUUUUAUGUGGCAGAUUUUUAUAUUAUUUCAGAAGCUAAAUUCAAAAUUAAAAUGAAAAAUCGUUUAACAAAUUUGGUAGAAAUAUGUAAAGACCCAGUAUUGAAAGCAAAUUACAAAAAUAAUUUAAUCGAAAUAGAGACCGGUCGUAAAAAAUUCAACAAAGCUUGUCAAAGUGAAUUAAUAAAUUCUUCUGCAAAGAAACUUGAAAUUUUUAACCGCAGCUGGAGAAAUACUUUCAGCACUGAACACUUGAGCAUUUCCAAAUGGAUGACACCCUCAAGAGGAACUCAAAUUGAUGAAAAUAAUAGAUCUAUUCGACCACAGUAUCAAGUUCCCGUUGAAUUGGUUAAAAAUUUAAUGAAGUGUAUUAAUAUCUUGAAACGGUAUCGGUAAAAAGAAAUGAUAAGUCUGUGGCGGCUUUUGUGGGUUUAAUUGAUUAUUUGCCGUUACAGGACUUCAGUCUAUCUAUGCAGGUAAAAGAGCGGUUAUAUAGUUGAACCGUAUACAGACGUGAAGAAGAUAGUUUGUGGGACCUAAACGAUACACCUGAAUUGAUACUAAGAAACUAGGUAUCUAUAACGGCUUCUGUAGUUUUCACUGAUAAA